UAAUGCAGGCCAUAGAUGGGUCGUAAUGCAGGCCAUUCGGCCGAAAAUAAAAUUGGCCGAUUUUUAGAUCGUUAGUGGGCUAAUUGUUCGGCCGUUUUUCAGUAUUUUGGCAGAUUUUUUUUAUUGGUAAAGUUGGAAAAAGAUCGGCCGAUUUUGCCGAUCGGCCAAUUUUUGUGGCAAUUAUGGGCAAAUCGGCCGAUCUUUUUACCGAUAAAAAAAUCUGCGCAUGAGCAGUGACCUGCAAGAGGAAGACAAAAAGAGGAAAAAAAAAAAGAAGAAGAGGAUGAAGAAGAAAGAGGAUGAAGAAGAAGAGGAAGAAGAGGAUGAAGAAGAAGAAGAGGAAGAGGAAGAAGAGGAUGAAGAAGAGGAUGAAGAAGAGGAAGAAGAAGAAGAGGAUGAAGAAGAGGAUGAAGAAGAAAAGCAUGAAGAAGAGGAUGAAGAAGAAGAAGAGGAUGAAGAAGAGGAAGAAGAGGAUGAAGAAGGAGAAGAAGAAGAGGAUGAAGAAGAGGAUGAAGAAGAUGAAGAAGAAGAAGAG